AUGAAAUUCACUCAAGUCUUCACCUUAGGAUUAUUUGCUUUAUCCACUCAAGCCACUGUUAUCCCACAAGAAUCAACCACCGAAGUCGACAAAAGACUCGAUGCUGAUGUAGCUGCUCAACUUGCUCUCAACAUUUUGAAUCUUAUUCAACUUGGUAUUGGUGCUGAUGUGAAUGUCACCGCCAAGAGAGACGAAUUUGUUGUUGAAGAAUCAAAGAGACUCGAUGCCGAUAUCGCUGCUCAACUUGCUGCCAAUAUUUUGAACCUUGCCCAACUUGGUGUUGGUGCUGAUGUAAGUGCCUCUGCUAAAAGAGACACUGCUGCUGCCGAUAUUGCUGCUAACAUUUUGAAUCUUAUCCAAGCUAGUGUUGGUGCUGAUGCCAAAGUUGACCUUAAAAGACUCGAUGCCGAUAUCGCUGCUCAACUUGCUGCUAAUAUCUUGAACCUUGUCCAACUUGGUAUUGGUGCUGAUGUAAAUGUUGCUGCUAAGAGAGCAGACGCCACUGCUGCUGCCGAUAUUGCUGCUAAUAUUUUAAACCUUAUCCAAGCUAGUAUUGGUGCUGAUGCUAAAGUUGACCUUAAAAGACUCGAUGCCGAUGUUGCUGCUCAACUUGCUGCCAAUAUCUUGAACCUCAUUCAACUUGGUAUUGGUGCUGACGUAAAUGUUGCUGCUAAGAGAGCAGACGCCACUGCUGCUGCCGAUAUUGCUGCUAAUAUUUUAAAUCUUAUCCAAGCCAGUAUUGGUGCUGAUGCUAAAGUUGACCUUAAAAGACUUGAUGCUGAUAUUGCUGCCCAACUUGCUGCCAACAUUUUAAACCUUGUCCAACUUGGUAUUGGUGCUGAUGUAAGUGCCUCCGCUAAAAGAGACACUGUUGCUGCUGACAUUGGUGCUAAUGUCUUAGACCUUGUACAAGCCGAAGUUGGUGCUCAAGCCACUAUUGACUUGUAA